CCUGUGGCCCGACUAGUCAUUGCCUUUUCUAUCGUCGGUGCGAAUUUUCUCCUGAAAAUUAUUUAGCGAUACAGUGCGUCGCCAGAGCAUUAAGUAUAUAUUUAAUAAAGUACGCAUUCACAACACACCAUGUCAGCUACAGCAGGCUCAACCGCAAUCCCCCCACCAGUUUCGUGGGCUCAGCGAAAUGACUUGGUGUUUGUCAUCAUCGAUGUUGAGUGCAAGGACAUUGAACACAAAGUGACAGACAACAGCUUCACCUUCAAGGGUGUAAAUGCGCUAGAUGCCUCGAAAAAAUACGACGUCACAUUGAACUUCUUGCACUCGGUUGUUCCAGAGAAGGUGACAAGCAAGAAUAUUGGUCGCUGCCUCGAAUUCACAAUCCCCAAGAAGGAGAGUGGACCCUACUGGCCCACUCUGACCACGGACAAGACCAAAUUGCAUUUCCUUAAGGCAAACUUUGCCAAGUGGCGCGAUGAGUCGGACGAUGAAGAAGAUCCCAAGGACAAUGGAAUGUUUGGAAACUUCUUGAAUAGUUCGGGCGGUGAUUGGAACAAUAAAUUUGAUGACUUUAAUGUCGACGAGGAUGAUGACUCUGAUGAUAAUAUCCCAAGCCUUUCGCAGAACGACGAGGAAGAAGAUGAGGGGGCCGAGGGUGAUAAAGAGAAGAAACCCGUAGCUUAGAGCAGCGCUCUAUGCUGAGUUGGAGUAGUAGCUGUAGCGUUAACUAAAGCGCUUACAUAUAUCGUUAAGUCAACACCCAAACAAAAACACCCUCACCAUAAAAAACAAUCACACACACAUGCGUACACUAUUCCAAAACAACAAAAAAAUAACUAAAGCUGAAAACGCGAAAUGUUAACAAGAAGAAGCAAAUACAGCAGCAACGAUAAAUAGUUGGCGCCGAUAAAAACAAAACAUAA